AUGAUAUUACUCUUCUUCCUUCCUUUCUUGACAUUGUCUGUUCCAAAUCGCCCACCAAAAUGUACCAGCAGGACAUGGUGUGGGUUGAAUAGAUUCCGUUCUGCAUCUCAUUACACGACAUCCCCUAUGAAAUACACGUUACAAUCGAAUGUGUUGACAUUUAAAUUAACACCGACGUGGUCAGUGAAUCAAAAUCUGCAACUCUCUAUUUUUGCAUAUGGAGACAAUCAAAUAUCAGUGAAGUACAACUGCCCGUCCACUCACAUUAGAUACAAUGUCCCAAUUAACACGGCGUUUUCUAUAGGAUCUCCACAGACUGUUACUGUACUCUCUAAGUCAGCUUCUGUAUCUGCAUUCAAAGCUGGUAACACAAAGAUUGAAGUGUAUUCCAAUGCGUCUGUUGUAUUAGAUGGAAAGAUUUGCAUUGGAUGCGAUGGACAAUUUCUGUAUAGAGAGGACACAAAGUCUGAUUACUAUCCCGUUGGUAUUGAUGUCGAGUUUCCGACUACUUCUAUUUUUGGAUCAGGAAAGAACGUCCAACAACCAUUACCUUUAACAGACUCUACUAACACCGAUACCGAGUUCGAAGAACCUUAUCACUUCUACGCGUCAGGGUACACCACUUUCCCAGUACAUUCCACAUCACCACAAUAUGGCACUUUACCCAUCUUUGUAUCACACAAACCCGGAUCGACCACAGGUGUCAUAUUUAAUAAUCCAACAGACACUUUCAUUGAUGUAACAACAAGUGAGAACAUGGGCAAUAACUCGAAGAUCAUUACAACAUCAGAAGACGGCGAUAUUUCUUUGUACAUCAUUUUAAAGGAGAACCCGAAGGAAUUCUACAGAGCAUAUUACAAUCUGACAGGCGUGUCGUUUAUGCCGCCUCGAUUUGCAGUUGGCUUUCAUAACAGCAAGUGGGGGUACAACUCGCAGAAUGUAGUUGAGAGUGUCGACAGUGAUGCUGACAAAUAUGGCUUUAUGUACGACGCUAUUUGGCUCGAUAUAGAACAUACCCACAAGAAGCAAUACUUCACGUGGGCCGACGCGGUCUUCCCAGACCCCCUUGGUUUACAAAACACGUUGAAGUCGAAGAAUAGAUACUUAAUAACUAUUCAAGACUGCCAUAUAGCUACAGAUGACGGGUAUUACGUUCAUGAUGAAGGAGUGUCGAACAACUAUUUCAUUAAAAAAGAUGAAAAUAUGACUGAGGACUAUGUUGGUGCGUGUUGGCCUGUCCGAUCAAAUUGGGUCGACUUUUUGAAUGAGAAGGCCCGGACGUGGUGGGCUGGGUUAUAUGGGUACGACAAAUAUCAGAAGACCACUAACAUCGUCUUUGCUUGGAACGACAUGAACGAACCAACGGAAUUUGAUAUCCAAGAUUUGUUAGUGAAGAAGGACGCAAGACACUAUGAUGGAACUCUUCAUAGAAAUGUUCAUAACUUGUAUGGGAUGUUGCAACAGAUGUCGACACAAAAGGGACAAUUAGCGCGAGAUAACAAUCAGAGGAGAAGCUUUGUCUUGACGCGAUCUUACUACUUUGGGUCACAGAAAUAUGGAGCGAUGUGGACUGGAGAUUCCGAUGCGACUUUUGAAUACUUGUCGAGUCAAAUUUCUCAGAUUGUGCAACUCAACAUGUUAGGGUUCUUCUGUGGAGGAGAUGUCGGGGGUUUUGCACAUGACCCAACGACAGAGUUGCUUAUUCGGUGGUAUCAAGCCGGAGCAUUACAACCGUUCUUUAGACAGCACUGUACAAAUACGGCACCACGAAGAGAGCCGUGGCUGUAUGAACAAAGUGUCUCUGAUAACUUAAAGAAGUCCGUGAAUUUGCGAUACCGAAUGCUCCCAUAUUGGUAUUCUUUGUUGUAUUACCACAGAGUUAACCAAGUCCCAGCUUUAAGAAGUAUGGUCUACCAAUUCCCAGAAGAAAUCAAUUUGAUGGCGUUGGAGAAUCAAUACAUGAUUGGAGACACGUAUUUGGUGUCCCCCGUCAUUGUCUCUGGAGAGACUAAACACACAGUGCAACUUCCUAAAGGCGUGUGGUACGACUAUUUCAAUAAUACCAAGUAUGAGGGAGGUGUCGAAGUCAGUUUGGACGUUGAUCUUGAAACUAUUCCAAUCUAUGGAAGAGGCGGAUAUAUUGGAACAGAGAGAAUUGUGUCUGAAGGAAGAAAAUCGAGUUCCGAGAGUGAGAAGAACGAUCAUUUGAGAAUUGUGAUCUAUGAUAACAUGGGACAAGCAAUUGGACUGUUUUAUACUGAUGAUGGGAUUAGUGUUGAUAAUUCUAAUGGGUACGUCGAUGUGAAAAUGGCGAUGGGAAAUUACUUGUUCAGCUAUAAUGUGACAGGUGAUUAUUUAUAUGGCGAAUAUGUCGGUGAAAUCGUGUUGGUGACCGACAAAGUAAUUUCAAAAGUUUCUGUUUUGAGAGAUGGGGAAGACACAGUAGAAGUGGGAUUUGUUCAAAAAGACGGAAAAGUUGUUGUACCAAAUUUCAACAACCACUUCAGUUCACAAUGGACACAUUGGACAGUCAAGUUUGAGUAA